GCUCCGGGAAAGGCGAGCGGCAGAGAGAGGGAGAGAUGCUAACGGGCAGCCAGAAACCCCUCCCUCCCUCCCAUCCUCCGCGCUGCCCCCAUUCACAAGGAGCGCCGGGGACCCGCCUGCGUUCACGCACCGGAGCCGGGCAGCCCUCCCGGGCUCCCCGCCCGGCCCCGCUCCCCGGGGCGCGGAGCACGGCCCGGUUGCGGGGCCGGGGGGGCGGGCGGUGCCCCGCGUCCAUGCUCGCCGCCGCUCGCCCUUAGGUAGCCCAAGCUCCCGGGCCGGGCCGGUUGCCCCGGGGCUGGCUCCCCGGCCGGGCUCGGCGCUCGGAUGGACCGGCGGAGGAGGCGGCGGCGGGGAUUUUUAGAUGUGCUCUGAUGCCGCAGGGUCUCCUCACUCCUGGAAAUGCAGCUCUCUUCCAGCGUGGCUGAACUCAGCUGUGACGAGACCAUGGACCCACCCGCUGAGGACUUCCAGCAGGUUCUGUCCCUCGACCAGAUCCGCUCCAUCCGUGCCAGCAACAACUAUGUGGAGAGACCGGCUGCCUGCUUCCAGCAAACCCGCUCCAACCCCUCCCUGUCCCAGCCACAGCACAAGCAAGAGUGGUCCCAGGACCGCCUGGCGUCUUCCACCUUCCAGGACCUGCACCGCAGCCACAGCCAACAGCACCAGAUGCCGCCUCUGCAGCAGCACAUGAGCCAUUCCAGCACCGCCAGCUCCGUCUCCCAGAGCACCACGGCCUCGGACCAGCGCCUCCUGAGCAGCCUCACGCCCUCCCACUCCGGCCACUCUCUGAUCCGGACGCAGCCCAGGCCCGGGGAGCUGAAAGCCGAGGAGUCCCCGCUGAAGGGGGUGACGGAGAAGCCUCCCCUUCACCCCGGCCACCUCUUCAUCUGCGAGGAGUGCGGGCGCUGCAAGUGCGGGCGCUGCACGGCCGCCCGCAGCCUCCCCUCCUGCUGGCUCUGCAACCAGCGCUGCCUCUGCUCCCCCGAGAGCCUCCUCGACUACGGGACUUGCCUCUGCUGCGUCAAAGGCCUCUUCUACCACUGCUCCACCGACGACGAGGACACCUGCGCCGACGACCCCUGUUCCUGCGGGCCGGGGUCCUGCUGCGCCCGCUGGGCCGCCAUGAGCUUCCUCUCCCUCCUCAUGCCCUGCCUCUGCUGCUACUUUCCUACCCUGGGGUGCCUCAAACUUUGCCAGCGGGGUUACGACGGCCUGAAACGACCCGGCUGCCGCUGCCAGAGCCACACCAACACGGUCUGCAGGAAGAUCUCCUCCUCCAGCGGCACGCCUUUCCCCAAGACGCUGGAUAAGCCGGUAUGACCCUCCCGGGGAGGAGAAGCUUUGUUCCUCUUCCUCACCCUCCUCAUCAUCCCUCUACCCUCCUCCUCCUUCGGCUCCCUCCGCUCUGCUGCGCUCCCCACUUCCCACCACCACGUCCCGGGAAUGAGAUGGGUGAACUGGGGGUGCCCCAGCCCCGGGGAGCACGGGGAGGCUGCGGGGCCAGGGCGGCUGGCACGGAGCUGCCGGGAAGCGGCGGGUUUGCACAGGCGGGUGAGGGAGCGGCAGAGGCAGAGCGAGCAGCAGGCCCCGCGAGGAAAGGCGGCCGGGGGCACUCAGGACUCGGCUCUCAGAGGGAUUUGGGAGUUGCUGUCCCGUGGUGUGGCCCUUUGCAAUGUGGGGGAGAAGCAGGUCGGCACAUCCCCCCUGCAAGAGUCAUCCAGGAGCCAGACUUCCUUCUCCCUCUCUCCCCUUAUCUCUCUCCAGCACUUUUUGUGGGUGGCUUCUCUCACGUGGCCAUGGUUCCCUUUCCCCAAGGGGGUGACCCCCGUGUGCUGUGGGGUCCUACCAAUGGCAGAGGCUUGGAAGCCACUGGGAGAAGCAAGAAAGCUUCAAAAUGAGGUGGCAUCGUAUUUUUUUUCCGUCUCAAAGAGGAAGGGAAGGUGUGGGAAGCUUUAGAAACCUUCUGGCAGGGGAAGGAGUUAUGGGAGGCAGCCCAGCCCACUCGCUUCUGCCCGACUGCAGCAAGGGAAAGGUCCCCUCUGGGAUUUGGCUGAGAACUAGGAGCUGGUUUCAAAUUGCCAUUCAUCUCUCAAUGCCUUGAAGGGCUGCCUCCAGAGCACAAGCCCUGGUGGGAUGGCAGCUGCCACCCAGCUCCUUCCCACUGCCGAGCAGAUGUCACAGGCACCAGCUCUGUGCUCGAGCCCCGAGAGCCCCGACCUGGUACCUUCCACCAGCACUGAAUUCACUUUAAAAAACACAAAGUAACCCCCAAACCCAACUGUCAAGAGCUGCCACUGGUGCUGCUCUCCCUGGCAAUCGGCACCGGCCCCGGGGCACUCCCUGGAGGUGAUUUCCGUGGCUCCUGUUGCAAUGGAGGGAAGCAAAGAGCAGAAGGAGGUGUCAAAAGCUGGGAGCUCAGCCUUCCUCCCCCUGCAGAAGUUGCCUUGGAGUCCUCCCUUCUCUUCCCUUGGCCCACCAAGCCUGCUGGCAUUGCCUUGGCAUCCUGCAGCGCCAAACUGGAGAUGGGUCUGACCCAAGCCCCGGGGCUGGGCCAUCUGCACACCAGAAGGAAACCUGGAGCAGGGUCAGCGCUUCGUGCUUUACUUGCUGUGAUGAUAAUGAGCCCAACACAGUCACUGUGGUUGGAAGGAGCUCGUCCUGGUCCUGGACUCAGCCCCAUCUCCAUUGCAACCGCCCGGUGGCCCCCGUUGCCCUGGGCUGGUUUGGAGGCGGGCUGGUGUCCCAGUGCUCCUCUCUGCCUUCCUCCUCUGAGGUGUGUGAGUGCAGAGGGAAGUGAAUGGUUCCCCUGGAGAAAUAUAUGCAAUGUGUCCCUUGGCUUCCACCGAGUCCCUGCCAUCCAGGGCUCGCCCUUUGCUUUCCCUCGGCCACCUCUUUCCGUAGAGUUCUGUGGAUCUAUUUUUGUAUAUAUAAAUAUAACGUUAGGAUGGGUAGGUCUAUUACUAAUAAUAUUCAUGAUACUGCUGUGAAUGGUGCCAGAUGCAAGGUUUGGCUUCCUGGUACACUUGCACAUGCUGGAAGGUGAUGAUUUCCCAAUCUGUUUAUUGCUAAUCCUAAACCUUUAGUUCCUGGGUAGUCGGGAGAGGGGGGUUUAGGGAUGGUCCUGGGAAGGGUCUGCUUUGCAGAGGGAAGGUGUGAUUCAGUGCUGGCCGUGGGCUGAGGCAGCAGGCAGACCCUCACGGUGGGAUUCCUCUCUCUGUACCAUUUGCCAUCUGAAAAUCGGGGCUGAUCCGAGCUCCUUCUGUUGCAGAGAGGAGCAGUUCCAGGGAGUGAUUCAUCCCUCCUGGAAACGUUAUUCAUGAGAUGAUGUUCUGGCAGGGCCUCUUGCCCUGCACUCAGAUGGGACCCAAACACUGAAUCGUGGUUCCCUGGGGAAGGGGAGAUGGAUCCCAUCCCUGGUGGGAAGUUUGUGCCUGGGGCACGGCUGAAGUCCUCACCCUGCUUUCCCUGGGCGAAGGCUGAGACCCCAGCAAGCUGUGGGGAAUCCAGGAUGAUGCUCAGGGUGACAGUGAGGAUCUCCUGGUGUUAGGAAGGGAGAGGGCCAUGUCUGUGCAUCUCACACACCCUCUGAGGCCAGCUCUAGGCUCUGGAUUCAUUUGGGUUUUAAGGCCAUGCCUUUCUCAGAGGCUGCCCUGUAGGUGUGCACACCCCCAUGACAUCAGGCUGUGUCUCAGGGGCAGCAGAUAUAAACCACACUGCAAACGUAUUUAUCCAUGUGCUGUUUGGCUCCUGACUUCCAGGAGAUGCUUGGGGGAGAGACUUCCACCCAGAGGCACCUUUCCUUUUGAACACUCCCUUCACUCUUCUAUUGGUGCUGAUGAAACUCCUUCUUCCUACAACAUGGAAAACUUUGUUUUCAGGGAAGAAAGGUCCCUUUUUCACUGAGGAUUUAGGGAACUAUUUCACUGGAGUGAGAGUGUGAAAUAGUUCAUUGAAACUUUCGAAAGAAAACUAAUGAACAGAAUUUUCCAACUUGCUCUACUUUGAUUUAGGUGGGUUUUUUUUUCUUUCUUUCCUCCUCCUUUUUAAAUGGAUCCUGCUUGUAAAUUUAGUUACCACCUCUGUAUCUUUGCAAUUCAUUGCUUCCUCUCCUGAUGGUGGAAUGACUCAACAUGCGAAGCUUCAUCAUUUUUUUGCAUGGCCUCCCGAGUCAUGCAAGCGUGAGGUGACCUCCCCCAGGUGCUGGGGCUGUGGGAUGGAUGAGGAGAUGGCUGUCCACAUAGCAGCUCCCCAGAGCCAGUUUUGCUUGGCAGCAGCCUGCUGAGGCGGAGCCCUGCACUGCUCUUGCAGCAGAUUCACCUCCAGGGCCUGGGAGGAGGCCAGCGCUGCUGCCAGUGGCCUUCUGGGCUGUUUCUGGGUGCGUGCACAGGUCCCAUUGCUACCAGGGAAUGUGGCCACAGCCUGGGUGCAGGGCUGGAGAGUCUUGCACCUCUCAUCUCCAAGAAAGGACAAACCUGAGGGAUGUGUUUUAGGGAUCAUGGCCCAUGUGGAAGGGAAUGGGAGCAGAGGAGAGCCCUGGGUGGGCACUGAGCUCUGCCAGAGCAGCACAUGGCUCGGCUUUGUCUGUGCUCAGGGCAAAAUGCAACGCCACAUCCAGGCCUUGCAGCUGCAUGGCUUCGAGAAAUUCAGAGCUGUUGGCCUCUGCCCUGCUUGUAGGGGCAAGUGGCUUCAGGUGGGGCUGCUGCUUCCUACUCUGUCUGGGGGAGUCCCAGCGAGCUCUCAGCAGAAAGAACAGGUUGAGAUUUGCCAGAAGCUCUCCAAGGAGCUCAGCUCUGAUUGCCUGAGCUCCUCUGGCUGUGAGUAUCUUCUGAUCAUGUUGGCUCCUUUCUUUCCUGAGCUUUUCCUAACAUCUUCAGAGCAGAUCCAUCCUGCUCCCUGCCCACCUCCCGCUGCCAGAUAGUUUGGUUUCCCUGCAGAGAGGGCUCCAAUUUUUCGUUGGGGUUGUGAGCCCCUUUCCUGCCCCACCCUGUAAUGACUCAGAUAACAUCUGCUCCAGAUGUUUGUUUGUAGCUGCUUAGCCUGGCAGUUUGGGUUUCUCUCUGUCGUGACGUGUCUUUUUUGGUUUUCUUCUGGGAGAGUCACAUGCUGAGUCCUCUGUUUUCCCUGUGCCCCUGGGAUUUGACAAGGAUGGAGGGAGCAUUUCUCUCUGUUGUGUGUCUCUACUGGUUGUGGGUUCCUUUGCCAGGAAACGUGCAGGGCUGUAGGGCAGAUUUAGUCUGGGAAAUAGACACUCAGGUGCCAAAGGAGCAGGAGGCAGGAGCUACUGAGCAAGACCUCAGCUCCCUUGCUCUGCUCCCCGUGCAGGAGCCUCCUCUUCACACCCAGACCUCCAAAGCUCAGUCCACACACAGAGCUCCCCUGGUGCUUGCUUUCUCCAAGGCUUCCCUUGGUCCUUUCUUGCAAAUGUGGGAUCAUUCCCAGCACAACUGAGGAGGGGGCACUGGGGACCAAACUGGAGUCUCCUUCCCAUCCCAGCCCCAUAACUCUCCUGGUGGAAGGGCAGGAGUGGUCCUUGGGCUGCUGGAAGCAUCAGCCUGGGAAACACAAAUGCCAGCCAAAUACCUUAAAGAACACAGGGGAAGAUUUUUUGGGACUCUACGCUCAGAUUCCCCUAAAAUUCCAUUGAGUUAGCUCUUCCCCAUCCCCGUGUGUGAACCCAAAGGCUGUUGGGCAAGCGUCAUUGACUAAAACCUGCCAAAGCCCAGAGUAGCAGCUCAUGAGCAGCUGCUUUGGAGAGGUGAGCAGAGGGGUGAGAGGAGCUGCUGUGAGGUUUGCAGGCCUGCACUGCAUGAGGAAGGAGCACACUGUGCCCCAAACUCCCUGUUUCCAGCACCCCUUUGCUCAUUUGCUCUGUGUCUCAGGGUGUUUGUAGAGAGCCGGGAGGUCUUCAGGUAUCGGAAGGUCCAACUUUUCUGUGAUCAGCAUGUGAGGAAAGUAGCAGAUGAGAGACAUACCCCCCUGCCCCAAAGCCCAUUCUUGGUGUUUAUAGGAUCCAGCUCAGCCUUGCCUCCUUGAGGAGCCCAUGGGACACAGACCUGCUGGAGGCUGCUGGUGAGCAGCUGGUCCAUGUGGGCUCAGUCUGUUUUGGGGUAUUUCUCAGUGGGCAUCGGGAUCUCUUGGAGCUCGUGCAGGUGAGGGUUGUUUUGCUGCUUGGGGAGAUGUUGCAGAAGAAUCCCCUGAGGGCAUAAGGUUUGCAGGGGGGCUGUGGGUAAGAGGGAUGUAGGAUGGGAAGAGAUCCCACGGGGCAGAGCACACGUGCGAGGGCCGGGCCAGGGGAAGCGGCGCGAGGUCUCCCGCUGGGUCUCUCUCCUGCUGCACCUUCCUGCAGCACCCCAAAGGGCUUCAGCAUGAGCAGGACCAAACCCACCCCGGGCAACUGGCCUGGCCUUUGGGGGAGUUGGCUUCUCACACCCUCUGUCCCAACAGCAGCAUCAGCCAAGAGGCACGUGGUCAUCCCAGAGCUGGCAUGGCCGGUCUCCUCCUGCCCCGUGCUCUCCGCCUUCCCCUCCCUCCCUUCCCCUGCCCAUCCCUCGGGCCUUGGCAACGCUCUGUGGGCAGUCCCUGGCCUCGUGGCCUCCUGCCUCCCCAGGUGCCCUCAGCACAGAGUUCUCUCCUUUGAAGAUGGAUCACCUUUGGCUUCAAAGGAGGGUGUCAUACCAAGAACCGAAGCCUCUUCAUCCCCGUUGCGUUGGUACAAAGGCCGUUCUGUACAGUGUAUAAAGAGCUCCCUCCCUGGCUGUCUUCACCUGGGUUCCUUUCAAUAAGGUAUAAUAUAUGUUUAUAACCUGAUGGCUGGUUUGGGUAGUUUUUUUUGACAAUACUCUUGUACCUUUUAAGGGAAAAUAAAAGAAAUAGUUACAAGAAAAAAGAAGCAACCAAAGUAUUUAUUUGAAAAGUUUAUUUUAAAGAUAAGGGGAAAAAAAAGAACCUAUUUAUUUUAAUGCACCCUCUUCUGUUUGGUUUUCUUCUCUUGCAAAGCUAACAACUGUUACUGAACCACUGCUGAGAUGAAAGAAGUAAUUCUAUGGGUGGCUUCACAAGCCCACUUAGAGCAACUAUUCAAUAAAAAUAUAUAUUGAUUUUGAA